UUUUGAUUUGACUUCAGAACUGAAUAUCAAAGCGUCUUUCCCAGCCUUUCACAUCCAGAUAUAAGCAAUAUGGACAUUGAUUGCAUUAAGACUAUGGGGAUGCAGAUGCAAAUGCUUGUGUUGGCACUUCUUCUAUUGACCGCAUCUUCGAUGGAACUAUAUCGUGUGCCUUUGCAUCGAUUUCCCUCGGCUCGUCGUCGCUUUGAACAGUUUGGCAUACGGAUGGAGCGUUUGCGUUUGAGAUAUAGUGUAAUGCCACGUGAUGGAGAGAAAUUGAGAACUGAACCACUGACAAAUUACUUGGAUGCACAGUACUUUGGACCAAUUACCAUUGGGACACCACCGCAGAUUUUUAAAGUCAUCUUUGAUACGGGUUCGGCCAAUCUUUGGGUACCCUCGACUUCGUGUUCCCCUGCAUCGGUCGCCUGUAUGAUUCAUAGUCGUUUUCAUGCCAAAAGAUCGACUAGUUAUUAUCCCAUUGGAGCACCAUUUGCCAUACAUUAUGGUUCGGGAAGUUUAUCGGGUUAUCUAUCAAGAGAUACCGUUCGUGUGGCUGGUUUGGAGAUAGAGAAUCAAGUUUUUGCCGAAGCCACUAAUAUGCCCGGACCAAUAUUUUUAGCUGCCAAAUUCGAUGGAAUAUUUGGUCUGGGCUAUCGCAGUAUAUCAGUGCAACGCAUCAAACCUCCUUUCUAUGCCAUGAUGGAGCAGAAUCUCUUGGCCAGUCCGGUGUUCAGUGUCUAUUUGAAUCGAGAUGUGGCAGCCAAAGAGGGUGGAGCUCUAUUCUUUGGUGGCUCGAAUCCACAGUAUUAUACUGGCAAUUUCACCUAUGUUCCGGUAAGUCGUCGUUCCUAUUGGCAGAUCACAAUGGAUUCGGCACACAUCAAGGAUUUGAAUCUAUGUGAGCAGGGCUGUGAGGUUAUCAUAGAUACGGGGACAUCCUUCCUGGCAAUGCCCUAUGACCAGGCAAUGCUUAUCAAUAAAUCGAUUGGCGGCACUCCAUCAUCCUAUGGAAUGUUCUCUAUACCCUGCGAACAAGUGCCGCAUUUACCCACAAUGACGUUUCAAUUGGGGGGUAGAAAAUUUCAUUUAGAAGGACGUGAUUAUAUCUUUAAGGAUACCUAUCAGGAUGGCAUUGUGUGUGCCUCGGCCUUGAUUGCUGUUGACCUACCUUCGCCCAGUGGUCCAUUAUGGAUAUUGGGUGAUGUAUUUCUAGGCAAAUAUUAUACAGAAUUCGAUAUGGGUAAUCAUCGCAUAGGAUUUGCCGAUGCCAAAACUUGAGCCUAAUAAUAUUGAGUGGGCAACUGAGAAGAAAAUCAAUUUCAGUAUUCAUAAUUUGUUAGUAUUUUCAGAGAGUUAAUUAGCAUUAAUGUUAUUUAUUAUAUUUAUUUUAUAUAGAUCUUAGUCUAUGAAGUUUUAAUACAAAGUAUGAAAUGGGAAUGAAGAAUUAAGAACAAAUUAAAUUUCCCUUAAAUUACCACGA